GCGAUUAGUGUAACUGACGUCAUCAACCCGUGUGUCAUCUUGAACCAUAUUAUAACCGCGGCACAUAACACAGAAACUUUGGUUAUACGCUUGGAUUUGAUAAUUUGAUUUUUGAUUCAUUUGUAUGUAGUUUGGUCGUUUGGUGGUUGCCGCUAGCGGCCUAGUGAUUGUGGUUAUGUUGAUGUGUAAUCACAUUUAUUUUGUUUUCUAUUUCAUAUCAAAAAAUUUGUUGUGCCUAUGAUAAUCUUAUAAGAAUAUCUAUAAUUAUUGAUGAACUGCAAAACGUAACCGUGUCAGAAAUAACAUUUACGUGUAAAUAUGAAACUGUACUGUUUAAGUAACGACCCAAACAAACCAUGUCAUAUACUAACAUUUCGAGAAGUUACGAUGAUGUUGGAUUGUGGACUUUCAAUGCAGUCUUUACUAAACUUUUUACCACUAUCUUUCGUGCCUUCAAAUAAGCUUAUGAAUAUGGCUAACUGGAUGCCCUGUGAUACGUCUGAUCCUGAUCUUGAAGGGGAAUUGAAGGAAAAUGGUGACAGAGUGUUUGUGGACUCCCCUCCAGAGUUUUGCCCUCCAUUAGACAAGCUCAUUGACUUUUCUCAAGUAGAUGUUAUCUUAAUAUCUAACUACCUUUGCAUGAUGGCACUGCCAUUCAUCACAGAAGGUACUGGCUUCAAAGGCAGAGUAUAUGCUACAGAACCUACCUUACAGAUUGGAAGGCUUCUGUUAGAGGAACUGGUUAUCUACAUAGAACAAUGUCCAAAAUGUAACUUCGCAUCUCAGUGGAAAAAUUUUGUCCAUAAGUGCCCAUAUCCUCUGAAUGAGGCUUUCAAACCAAAAUCAUGGAAACAAAUUUAUAAUAUGAACAACGUAAAUGCUAGUCUAUCUAGGAUUCAAAUGGUGGGAUAUAAUGAAAAAAUAGAUCUCUAUGGAGCACUUCAAGUGAUACCAGCUAGCUCAGGGUACUGUCUUGGUUCUGCAAAUUGGAUAAUCAGCACAGAACAUGAAAAAAUCGUAUAUUUGAGUGGAUCUAGCACCUUAACAACACACCCCAGACCAAUGGAUCAUCAUGCCUUGAAGAAUGCUGAUAUUCUCAUUAUGUCAGACUUGACUCAAACCCCUAUCAGUAAUCCAGACUCAAUGUUGGGAGUUUUGUGUGUUGUCGUUGGUCUAACAUUGAGAGGAGGGGGCAAUGUUCUGAUCCCAUGCUACCCUACGGGAGUAGUGUACGACCUUUUCGAAUGCUUGUCGGGCAAAAUGCAAGAGUCAGGCGUGGCAAAUUGUCCGAUGUUCUUCAUAUCACCGGUGGCGGACAUGUCACUGGCAUAUUCUAACAUUCUGGCAGAGUGGCUGUCAUCUGUCAAACAGAACAAGGUGUAUGCGCCUGAGGAACCCUUCCCGCAUGCACUGCUCGUGAAGAACAACAAGUUGAAGCAUUUCAAGCAUAUUUACUCGGAGGGAUUCAGUACGGAUUUUCAAGAACCUUGCGUGGUAUUUUGUGGCCAUCCUAGCUUGAGAUUCGGUGAUGUCGUUCAAUUUAUAGAACUUUGGGGUAAUAAUCCAAGGAAUUGCAUUGUAUUCACAGAACCAGAUUACGACUACAUUGAAGCCUUAGCGCCGUACCAACCUCUGCAAAUCAAAGUGGCUCAUUGUGCCAUCGACACAUCUUUGAAUUUCACACAGGCGAACAAACUGAUUCGCGAUCUGAAGCCGAAAACUCUAGUCGUGCCGGAAUGUUAUACACAACCGCCGGUCGCUAAUCCGAAUUUAACAGAAUUGGUGAUUGGAAAUCAUCCUGAUAGCACGCUUAUACCAUAUAAAUGGGGAGAGGUUAUAAAUUUACCUUUGAAGAGGAAGCAAGGUCAGGUCCUGAUAGAAACGAAUGUUGCUCAAAAAAUCGUUCCAGUUGAAGUAAAACCUGGCAUAAGCCUGUCCACGGUCACAGGCUCUUUGAAUGUCAAAGACAACAUACAUAAGAUACAAGAGUUAUCUGACAUAAAGAGCAAGCCAGUAAAAUACGAAUGGGGUACGCUAAACAUAACAGAAUUUCUACAGAAGCUAUCUCAAGAAGGUAUCACAGAUGCUAAGGUGGAGUCUUUAGGAGGAAACGUUGUUGUUAUUCAUUUGCAAGCUGAAGACGCCUUGAUUCAACUCGAGGAUAACAGCACGCACGUAGUGUGUAAUGCAGAUGAAAAACUUAGGACUAAGUUAAGAAAUAUAGUGAUGCAGUGUUUGAAGGAAUUUUGAAGUUCUUUUACAUGUGCUGAAUAAUGCGUUCAUCAUUUCCACAGUGAGCUAGCUUUUAAGUUUGGUAUUAAUAUUAAGGUAUUUUUUAUCAUAGUUUUUGGAUUAGAGCUAACAAUAUCAUUUUAUAUAAUUGUGAUGAAAGGAUGUUCAUCACUGAUGAUAACGUCUGAAAUCUGCCAAUAUUGAUCACAUACAGUGCAUUUUGAAAAGGACCAGCAUCUACUUAUCUUUUGAACAUUAUCAAGCUGAGAUUUGAAGUGAUGAAAUUGAUUCAGGAACACUAUAUGUUGACGUUAAGAUAAUAGUUGAACAUUUGAAGAUUGCGCUUAUAUCAAUCUUUUUCUUUUAUAAGGGUAUACCGGAAUAUGUGAUAUUAGUUAUAUGUAUAUGAAAAACAAAAAUAGAUUCUUAUUCAUUACUGAUACACAUAUUUCAAAGCAGUUUUGCUCAAAACUCUUAGUAUAAUCAUGUUGGCAAAUUUCCCCGAAAUGUAAAGUUUGGUUUUAUUGAUGAAAGUUGUUCAAGGGGGUAUUUACAACUUAGACGCAUAAAAUGGAUAAACCGAUGGUCGUGGGAAAACCUUCUAUUUAACAACGAAAAAUGAGAAAACGAGUCUUUCUUGGAUUCAAUCGUUUUGAUAGAAACAAAAAACUCUUUAAAUAAUAUUUUCAGGUAUUUACGAGUCCUGCAAAAAGAGACAACACGUAAAGAGAUUCGACUAAUAGCAAAAAAGGUAUGGCCCAAAACCUAAUCAAAGUUCAGGUUUUGGCACUUGUCGGUAAUGCGAUGAUAGUGUCACGCAGAUACUUCACUUCUAUGUUAUUGAGCAAUAUACAAGGUUUGUUCAAAGGGCAUUCUAUAACAACAAAACGAGUUUACCUGGCCGAUAUGAAUCACAAAUCAAUUUGAAAGAUGAAUGUUAUUUGUAUGCGAAAAACAAAGGGUUAUGUCAAACAUUUCGUAUUUGAUAGUGAUUGAACAGAUGUAUUCGAAAAACACGUUAUUAUACAAAUUUUAAAACAAAACGGAUGUGCGUAUCACCUUUUGUUGCGAAGAAACAAACUUUUUUCAUGAUUUCUCGAUACUUUGUAUAUACAUAUGUAGAGCUGAAAUUUUGACACGAUUACAGAUGAGCCAAAAAGUUUAUAAAAUAAAUAUGCUGGAAUAGAUCACUAUGUAGUUCACUCUUCGCCGCCAGGUGGAGCAACGCAUGUCAAAGCUAAAUAAAAUCCGCUGGGUACAUCCUCUGGCACCGCUGCGCUCUGUCAAUGAUUCAUUAUUUUAAAGCAGUAACUGUUGCCUCAGAAUAGAUCACGGGUCAGGGAGGGAGGGAGUGAUCUUUCCGGAAGAGCCGUCGUAUAAUUAUAUGAUUAAACGAACUUACCUAAGCGAAGUUUAAUCCUAAUUAUAUGGAGCCCCGUCCGAAGUAAAUAAGCUAGUUGUAGUAUCUCCGAUUGGUGUCAGCACUCACACAUUUUUAAAGAAAACAAACGAUCCCCUGCCAGCGGCCCUGCCUCAGUCC